AGAUCCCUAGGCCACGAACCUCUGAUUUAUCUCUGCUUUUUCUGCCUUCUACUUGUUUGCUCAGUCCUUAGCUACCCUUCUCAGUCGCCCACGAAUUAUUGAACGCACGCGAUGUCUCCAGAACGAGAAGUCUACCUGGUUAUUGGCGGAAGUGGUUUCUUGGGAAGACAUAUCGUCGAGCAGUUACUAGAACGCGGAGACCCAGUUGCUGUAUUGGAUCUCGUGCAGAGGCACCAUGAUGUCCCAUUCUACUCUGGCGACAUCUCAGACGAGGCACAGGUCUCGCAGGCCAUCCAGAAGAGUGGCGCGACCUGUAUAAUUCACACAGCAUCCCCACACUCGAUUAUUGGAGACGCGGCUCUGUUCUGGAAAGUCAACGUCGAAGGGACGAAAGCUAUCAUUGCUGCCGCUGUCGCGAACGGCCUGAAAAAGCUCGUCUACACCAGCUCCGCGAGCGUCGUUUUCAACGGGCAAGAUCUCAUUGACGUUGACGAACGGUUACCACCUCCGGAAAGGCCAUUGGACGCGUACAACGAGUCGAAGGCAAAAGCAGAGGAGCUCGUGCUCGCCGCAAAUGGCAAGGGCGGUCUUUACACCGUCGCGCUUCGACCUGCUGGCAUAUUUGGACCCGGAGACCGAACAGCGAUCCCCGGAUUCGCUCAAGUCCUCAAAGAAGGGAAAGCAUACUUCCAAAUAGGCGACAACACCAAUCUAUUCGACUGGACCUACGUCGGCAACGUCGCAUACGCGCACAUUCUCGCCGCAGAAAAACUCAUUCCCAGUUCCGUUCCGGACGACGACAGCAGCAGCAGCAGCAGCGUCCUAAACCCCGAAAAAGAGGACGCCCUCCUCAACUACGCGCUCCCUCCCAUCGACGUAACAACAGGCAAACACCGAAUCCCCACCUCCGACGCACGUCCUCUAGGCCCUUACGUCGAACCACCACCAGAAGCAGAAGCCCUCCUCGCAGCCUUCAACGAUCCCCACCGAAUCGAAGAACGACCCGUCGUUCGUUCCCGUUUCGACCCCCUUUCAAAAAGCUCAAUCGAGCGCGCAGAAACCUACCCACUCCAAGUUGCAGGCCAGGUAUUCUUCAUCACCAACGGCGAGCCUCUACCGUUCUGGGACUUCCCGCGAGCACUUUGGAGGCUCAUGGCGCCUGGCGAGUAUCCAAGCCGAGGAAACAUCGUGUUGCCGAAGACGGUGGGGCUGGUCGUGGCGACGCUUUCUGAAUGGUGGGGGUGGUUGGUCGGGAAGGAGCCGACGUUUACGAGGUUUAAGGUUACGUAUACGUGUGCGAUUAGGUAUUAUAAUAUCGAGAAGGCGAGGAGGUUGUUGGGGUAUGAGCCGCAGGUGGGGUUGGAGGAGGGUAUCAAGAGGACGAUUGAUUGGUGGAAGACCGUGGACAGAAAGUCAUAGUCGGACUUCAUGGACUAGCAACGAACGACGUUUGAACGAUUUCUGCCUAUUUAUCUCGUCUAUCCAUCUCACACCUUUUCGGCCAUCCCAUCUCUAUUCAUCCUUCACUUCGGUAUCUUCAGUCACAGGGUAGCUCAGCCGGACACUUGAUACUAUACCCUUCUCCUUCAUCUUCGAUGUUCUACGCGUAUACAUGUCUAAUGUGUAUUUAUAUCAACUGUCCGCUCCCAAUUCGAC